UAAGUUAGUCUAUUAAAAUCAUUGGCCUUUUUUGCUGGUACGUGUUACUACGCUGACAUUUGAUAUCUAGGAACAAUCCAGGGGGUAGUCUCAUAUGAUUAAGGAUUAAAUUAAGUAUACGUAUCGAUAUAUUAUAAUAUCUGUACUCCUUACGGAUUUUAUGUAAUUUACAUACUACUGUUAAGGGAUAAAAAGUCAAUUUCUCAUAUACCUCAUGGAUAACAACUUGCCUCGAAUUCUGAUUGGAUUAAUAUUUUAUGCCUUUGGUAUAAAAUGGUGUUAUGAAUAUGCCAAGUAUUGGGUAUCACUGAGACCCAGAGAUAAUUCGCAUGUCACGAAAGGACUAAGACUCAUAGAAAAAUGUCAGAAACUUAUAAGUGGGCAUCCUGUGGAAGGUAGCUUAAAACUGAUAGCUACUGCUGUAGGAUUAGCGGGUACUGUGACCGGUGGUCUGGAAGAAGCGGGAGCCGUUUCUCCCAAAGUUGUGCUUGCUACAAUCUAUUUGUUCUUUGCAUUCUCUGGUCUAGUCGAUGUUCUCAAUUUUUAUUUCCCUCAUAAUGUAAGUGAAGGAUUAGUGAAAUUAGCUCUUGCUCAAAGUUUCUUCAUAGAAGGCUUUCUUUUCUCAUGGGGCAGUAUCGGAAGCAAUGCAUUGGUCGAUAGAAUUUUGACUUUCAUAGUAUGGACAACAUCUAUGGUUAUUAUUUUAGAACUUGUGUGGCCAGAACUGAAACUUUUAAGGGCAUGUAUGACCCUGCUCCAUGGUGGUUGGAUAGCACACGUUGUACGUGUAUACCACACAAUGCCAAUACUUCCAGAAGGUGUUGCUCUCAUAUUUUCUUGGCAUGUCGCUGCUGCUUCAGCAGUAACAUUGUGCAUAGUAGUAGCAACAAGAAGUUGUGCCCCUAAACUCAUAAUAGAAGAGCCACCAGAGAUACCUAUUUAUGAUUAUUGCCAGGAGCCAGACCAGAGAAUGUAGAAUCUCUCAGAUAGAUGUAGUAUAAUUUUGUGCCAAUAUAAAACUUCCAUAAUGUGCGCAAAAGUAAUAUUUUUAGAGUAGUAUACUUGUAGUGCUGUAGCAAUAAUCAAACGAACCAAUUGCAAUAUUGCACACAGUAUUAGUAUUUUUUUACUUAAUAUUUAUGACUUCAUUUUAAAUAACAGAACGAACGACUCUAUUUUUGAAUACUUUUAUACCAAUGCAAUACGUAGCAUAAAUUUUGUAAUACCUUCCUAUUGUAGGAACAUAAAAUACUCAUUAGGAAUUGAGAGGUGCCUUAUUAUUAUCGUUGCUCACUUAUUUAUUGAUAAGAAAAUGCGUCAUUUCGUCUUUUGUAAUACGUUUUUCAAUUUAACCACGAACGAAAUAUAUUGUACACGCCAAAUAUUCAUCUAAUCAUACAUUGUAAAUAAACCAUUUCAUUGACUUGAUAA